UUAAGGAAGUAUUUUCAGUGUUUUUAGUUUUGUUUUUGUUUUUUUAAUUUUUUGCAUGUUUUUAAGUCAUGUUUAACUGCAUCAAAUUAAUCACAGAAGCCUAUUCUUUACUUUAAAGCUGUACAUUGCUUAAUUUACCUUGUUUUGUGACUUGUCCUUUCCAGCACUUGCAAAACAAGAACGACUGAAACUGAGUAAAUUGCAGACGCAAGGCACAGAAUAAAACUAAGAAAACUAUUGCGAAGCCUAUCGGUCUAUAACCACAUAUCUCCCGUUGACAUCACCUGGCUAAUAUCCUGUAAUUUGCGUUGAUGUGGCCCUCAUAAAUUAGACAGCUCAAAUACAUCAGUCAGAUUAAAUACAAUAUAUACCCUAUCUGCCAUUUUCAGCAUAACUGAUUAAAAAUUGUUUUUUUUUUUUUGUUUUUUUUCAUAUUGCAACAAUAUUCUGGAGUCUCGAACGACAAGACAGCUGUUGAACUUUAUGGAUAUUUCUCAUUUGAAAAAAUGAACACAUCCAGUUUGGCCCGUUGUUGAAAUACAAAAAGAGCAACAGACAUACAGCCUGCAUUUCGGCUCUUGCUGGUAUACUCACCUGCUUUACCGCUUCUGUCUUUUAGCGUCACCAUGGAUACCACAGCUUCCUGAAGCCGCCUAACCCCUGAACCAAACAUGUGACGUCUUUAUCAACACGACAUACGAAGACGGAAGCAAUACGAGAACUAGAGAUCUCUGUCUGAUGCUGUUGUUUAGCCGGAGAAUGAAGGUUUAGCAUAACUGAGGUCUACUUUUAUAAUAUCUUAACGUCGUUCUAUAUAUAAAGCUGUGCAGCUAUGGAGGAUAAUAAUCCAGACUCUGUGGCCUCCCCAGCAACUCCAGGGACAGGAAAAUCAAAGUUGGAUACUUUGUCUAAGGAGGACCUCAUCAAGUUCACAAAAAAGCAGGUGGUGGUUUUGCAGAAGGUGAAAUCAAGAUGUGCAGAUUUGGAACAGGAAGUUGAAAAACUUAAACAGAAGUCAAGUGGUGGAUCAGAUGAGGCUAUAAUUCAGGAACUAACGGAAAGGAUGGAUGCAAUACUUCUAGAAAAGGCUGAGACUCAACAGAGAUUCGUAUUACUUCAAAAAGAAAAUGAAAAGGCAAAGCAAGAGGCAAAGGAUGCAUUGGAUAAAGUUACAGAACUUCAGAACCAGUUUGACCUGUCUAAUAUUGAGCACCUAAAGAAAAUUGAAGAUGUAAAACAUGAAUUACAAACUGUUCAUUCAAAACAUAAAGAAGAAGCUGCAGAUUUUCAAAAACUUUUGCAGGAGUCCAGCAAAAAAGAGCAAGAGCUUACUGCUCAAUUCAGGCAGCAGCUUGGUCAUCAAAAUGAAGUAAAAGAGUUAGAAGAACAGUCCAAACUAGUCCGGCAGAAAUAUGAGGAUCAGCUAUGUAGCCUGCAGCAGCAGUUAAUCUCUUCUGAAGAAGAAAGAAGGCGAGAGACAACAAUGUUGAAAGAAAACCAAGAAGCAGCAAUAGCAGAGUGCCAGAAGGAAAUUGAAAGCCUUCAUGGAGAGCUCUUGAAAAUAAGGACAGCCCACCAAGAUGAAGUAAAAGAGCUUGUGGAUCAGCUUGAAUCUGCAGCUUUGGAGCAUGAGCAAGAGAGGUAUAGACUGCUUCAAGUGAACAAAGAACUGGCAGAGCAGCUAGGUCAGAAAGAAAACAGCCUUCAGGGCGUGGAAGAGGAGGAAACUGGCAUAGAGUGGGUUAAAAAACAUUCUGAGCCUUUGGUUUCUGGGGAGCAAGGUGAAGAUGAGGUCAUCAUCCUGAAACGCAUGUUAAAGGAUUUGCAAUCCCAGCAUAAUAUCCUACAGGAUGAGCUGAUGUACCUGAGUAACGUAAAGACGGGGUUGGAGUUGGAACUCCAACAAGCCAAGGAAGAGUUCCUUCGUGAGAAAGAAGAACUGGAGUUUAAUAUUAACGAGCUACGACUGUGCAAUGAAGACAACAAAAGCAUUGCCACAAAAUGUAAAUCCAAUCUCCAAACCACUAACAAUCACUGGGAGAUGGCACUAAACCAACAUGAGCAGGAAUUACAAGUUCUGAAGCAACAACAUCAGAAGGAGAUCAUGGCACUGGAACAAACUUUGCUUUCCACUGCUGAGAAGGAAAAAGGAAAAGCGCUUUUGGAAAUCCAUAAUCUAAAGGAAGAGUGUGAGAAACUCUCUAUAGAGAAGAAUGAGGCAGUUGACAGUUAUGAGAAAACAAUGGAGAUCUUAAGGAAUGUGCAGUCUGAAUUAAGGGAUACAACAGGAAAUUUUGUGAAACAAUACAAUGCAAUGAAGGAAAGCAAUUCUGCUGAAAUCCACAAGCUGCAACAAAAACUAAGAGUUGCCAUCAAUGGGAAGGAUAAACUCCUUGAGCGAAUCAACAACCUGGAGUCAGAGUCAAAGUCCCAAGCCACCUUUGAAGAAUUAAAAUUAUCUGAAAGUGACUGGGAGAUCAAAAAACAGGAACUGUUGUCUAUCCUGCACCAUAAAGACACUGCUUUACAAGAGCUGGAGGAAAAAUUGGCAGCUUUGAACUUAGAGAAGGAUAAUGUGCUGACAGCAUUAAAGCUAUCUGAAGUAGAGGUGGAAACGCUUAGAGACGCAUGUUCUACAGAGCAAUCACAGUGUGUUGAAUUUCAGCAGAAAAUGGAGAACCUUACUAAGGACAAAACUUGGAUAAAGGCACUAGAGGAGGAACUGAUCAACCUAAAGAAAGAAAGAGACCAUUUGCAAGAAGAGCUUCAAUUCGUCAGGUCGGAUAGAGACAGUCUGUCCAAGUUUAAAGAUGAAAUUGGGGAUCUGGAGAAGUCUUUGCAGACUGUGUCAGAAGAAAAAGAGAGACUAAGAAAUGAUUUUGAAGAGAAGCUGCAACAGUUAACUGCAUUGCAGCAUGGAUUGGAAGACCUUACGAAGGACAAAGCACAGUUACAACAGAGACUUGAUGAAGCAGAAAUUCAACUGGGAACCAGUUUUGCAGAUAAAGAGAAUAUUACCCACCAGCUAAAAAUCAUGGAGAGUAAACUAACAGUGACUUGUUUGGAAAAGGAACAGAAGUGUUCUGAUCUGAAGGCACUAGAGGAAGAGCUCACUAACCUUAAGACUGAAAGGGACCAUAUGAAAGAAGAGCUUAAUCUAGCCAGGUCUGUUAGUAAUAAUCUUUGCAAGCUUAAAGGUGAAACUGGGGAUCUGGAGAAGUCUUUACAAGCUGUGUCGCAAGAGAAAGACAGGCUGAGAAAAGACCUUGAAGAGAAGCAACAACAGUUAACUGACUUUCAGCAUAGAUUGGAAUACCUUACCAAGGACAACACACAGCUACAGCAGAGACUGGAUGAAGCAGAAAUCCAAAUGGGAGCUAAUUCUGCAGAAAAGGAGAGCACCAGCCACCAGCUAGAAAUCCUGGAGAAUAAAGUAGCAGCGUUGUGUUUGGAGAAGGAACAAAAGUGUUCUGAUCUGAAAGUACUAGAGGAAGAUCUGACUAACCUUAAGAAAGAAAGAGAUGAAACUGGAAAUCUGGAGAACUCUUUGCAGGCUGUGUCAGAAGAGAAAGAGAGGCUCAGGAAAGACCUUGAAGAGAAGCAACAACAGUUAGCUGAGGUAAGAGUUCACAUUUUCAGCUAUCUGCAACAAGAAGCAGGCAUUGAAGUGUUUGCAAAUAACAACCAAGAAGUUGAGGACAUUUCUGUCCUGGUCCAGAAGCUGUGGGAUAAGGUUAUGGAAGGAAAACGCAGUGCGUUACUGCAAAGUGGUGAACGAAUUGCACAGCUGCAAGGUGAUAUUGAAAGGCUAAGAGAGGAAGGCAGACUUCAGGAGGUUGAGCUUCGGUCAUUUAAUGACGACUUAUCAAAAGAGAGGACCCUGCUGAAGGAAAACCUUGAAGAGGUUAUCUCGGACAAAGAGGGAUUACAGAGGGACCUGUUAGAGAUGAAAAGCAGGAAUGAGAAGAUGAGGGUUGAAAAUGAAGCUCUUUUGGCCCAAAUUGAGGCUGUGUCUGAAAAGCUAAAGAAAAUUGAAAAAGAAACAAAUGAUGAGAUAGAUCAAACUAUUCAGCAAGUGGUGGGAGAUGAUGAAAGAGAAAAACUCCUACACUUGCUUGCAGAAAAAGAAUCUGAGUUGUCCAAUCUGCAGGGAGAGAUUGCAUCUUUACAGGAGUCUAAACAGAAUUCUUCUCCAGCUGAAGAGGUUGUACGAGAGCUAACUGACAAAAUAGGUAAUCUGGAAAAGGAACAUAAAGAAAAACAUGAGAAGAUGAACAAGAUAAAAGCUGUGGCGGUGAAGGCCAAAAAGGAGCUGGAUACAACUAGAAAAGAGGUUCAGGCCUUGAAGGAAGAACUGGAGUUGGUGAAAACUGAGAGGGAGCGUCUAUCUGGCUCUGUAAAGGAUGUAAUUCAAGCAGCCGAAAGCUACAAGAACCUCUUAGCCGAAUAUGACAAGCAGACUGAACAACUCGACCUGGAAAAGGAGCGAGGAGAUAAUUGUGAUCGUCAGAUUGGAGAGCUUACAAAGCAUCUGCAGGCUACAGUCCUACAGAAAGACCAGUUGAUCUCUGAAAAGGAAGAUCUGUUGGCAUACCUUGAAACCGUGCAGAUGAAUGUUAAGCAGCUGGAGGCUCAGAUUUUAGAACUGCAGAAGGGAAAAUCAGCAGUGGAAAAGGAACUAGAAGGAGAAAAACUUCUGAAGGAGCACAAGAUAAAGGACCACAGUAUGUCUUUAAAAGAAAUAGAAGAUCUUCAAAGGCACCUUCAGAAGCAGAAUCAGCAACUCCAGCAAGCUGUACAAGAACUGGAAAUCUUGAGAAAGGAUGCUCAGCAAAGCUCAUUGAUGGAUAUGGAGAUGGCUGAUUAUGAACGACUGGUGAAGGAAUUAAACCAGAACAUCUCUGACAAAGAAAGCAGGAUUGAGGAGUAUGAGGGGGAGAUGAAAAUACAAAAACAGAGACAGGAAACACUGCAGGAGGAAAUAUGUUCCCUGAAGUCAUGUCUGGAUCAGACCGAGGAUAAAAACACAAAGAUAAAACAGCUGCUGGUUAAAACAAAGAAGGAGCUAGCCGAUACAAAAAAGAGCGAAGCAGACCAGCUCGCUAUUCAGUCAUCAUUAAAAGGGGAACUGGAGGCAAGCCAGCAGCAACUGGAAGACUACAAGAUCCAGUGUGCCGAUCUUACAGCAGAGAGACAUAAGCUGCAGGAACAGCUGAGAUCAGUGACCGAUCAGCUCCAGCAUGCAAAAAGUGCAUUUCAACAGAAAAUUGCAACACUGCAAGAGGAAUGCACCGCUGCUAAGGCAGAACAGGUUUCAACUGCCUCAGAAUUUGAAAGCUAUAAAGUACGCGUACACAAUGUUUUAAAGCAACAGAAGAACAAGUCUACAUCUCAGAAUGAAAAAGAUGCAGCUACACAGGAGAGAGAAUGCAUGGAAAGAAUGAUGGACCAGCUGAAAGCCAGGCUCCAGGAGACCCAGCACAGCCUACAGGCGAACGUGAACGAGCUGCAGGCCUUGCAGUCUGAGCACGACACUCUCCUCGAGCGACACAAUAAAAUGCUGCAGGAAACCGUGGCCAAGGAGGCAGAACUCAGGGAGAAACUCCGCUCAAUACAGUUUGAGAACAUGGUUCUGAAGUCAGAGCAUGCCCAGACCCUGAGUCAGCUGACCGACCAGAAUGAGGCUCUUCGGAACAGCUUCCGGGAACAAGUGCGCCACCUACAGGAGGAUCACAGAAAGACUGUGGAGACACUGCAGCAGCAGGUCAGCAAGAUGGAGGCCCAGCUCUUCCAGCUCCAGAAGGAGGCAAGCACAAGUCCUGUUCCAGUUCAGCAAACAAGGAAGAUAGUGCAGGAGCGGAAGAACGCAGAUCUUCUGCUGUGUGACUUGCAAUCAAUGGCUAGAGAGGAGGGAGAGGGAAUGGAAACAACUGAAACUGAGUCAGUGUCCUCCUCUGGCACCCACAUCCCUUCAUUGGAACUACUUCUGAACUCUCCUGAACCAAAGAUGGAGCCUCUAGUGUGGCAAGCUGAGCCAACCAAAGAGGAGUUAGCACAGGAAUUAAACACAGCAACCAAGAGUAUUGAACACAUGAAUGGGCUGCUCCAUGAAACAGAAGCCACCAACGCUAUCCUAAUGGAACAGAUCACGCUUCUGAAGAGUGAGGUGAGAAGGCUGGAGAGGAACCAGGAGCGAGAGAAGUCUGUAGCUAAUCUGGAGUACCUGAAGAAUGUCCUGCUACAGUUUAUAUUCCUGAAGUCAGGCAGCGAGAGACAGGCCCUCUUGCCGGUAAUCCAUACCAUGUUACAGCUCAGCCCAGAGGAGAGGAGUAAACUGUCUGCAAUAGCACAAGGUGAAGAAGAAGCAGCUGUGGCCUCCAGAUCAUCCGGCUGGACUUCAUAUCUUCACAGCUGGUCAGGAAUAAGAUGAGAAACUAAACAAGCUGGCACUCCCUAUACAUUCCAAGAGUACAAUACAGAAGAGUGCAACUCCAAUUGAAUUGUGUUUUUUUACAUUCAAUUUUUUGUUUCUUUUGCUUUUUUGUCAUUUUUUUUGACAAAUUUGAUUGGAAUAUUUCUUUUUUUUUGUCACUAUUUUCUAAAAUAUGUCUAUCUCAGUGUGUGAUACUGUUUCUACACAACAUAUAAUGAGCAACGUUUGAAGUCCCUGGAAUGUGAUUCUUAGUGAAGGUCAUGCACUGCUGGUUCAUGGUAGAAUUACUCUGACUUUUACAAUAUAUACUUUUUAAAAAUGUAUUACAAAUUACAUUGUUAAAUAGUGUUGCCUGAGGUCUCUCUGCUUCUUUGUCAAGAAUUUUGUCUUUUAAAAACUUAUUUAAGUUUGCUUAAGUAACUUUUUUUGUUUGUUUGUUUUUAACAAAUUGCUUCACAAGCUGCUAAAAUCCUUGAAAAGAAAAUUGUAGAAAAGUUUUAUAAAUGUAUCCUUAUGUAUAUUUAAAAAGAAAAAAAAUCCAAUGAUUUCCUUUAGAAGUUCUUUGCUAAAGGGCUGCAUUGCUGCUUAUCCUUUUCAAGAUCAUAAAGAAGGCUUUAAAUUAUAAAUAUGUACAUGAAGUUCUUGCAUAGGCAACUAUAACGGUUAAUGCUUACAAACAAAACAAGCUCACAUAUAAAGUAGACUGCAAACAGGUGAAUGAUUGUUUUAUUAAUAUUUAUGGAUUGCUGAUUAAUCACUAUUGGGAGUUGUCCUAUAUAUAAGGUUUCUAAAAAAGAUUAGCUUUAAUAAGUAACUCAUGAGGGUGUUCAUUACUUGAUUUCUGUUAUUUUUUGACGGUCCUUUGAAUAUUAUUUCUUUGAAAUUACACCAUAGACAGUUUCUGGACAAUGUAACUCAAACUGUACACAGCAUAGCUAUCCAUUUAAGGGUUAUGUGCUUGUGAAGCUGUUUUUGUGUUUGUACUUUUGCAACAUUCCUGUGUAAACCACAGCACAGCUAGGCUGAGGGUCCAGAAACUGCCAAAUAAGUGGAAUGUGCAAUCUUUUACAAUUCUCAGUUGUUAACGCUUACUGAAACUGUUAAUAAAUAAACUAAGUGCAAGCUA